CAAUGUGUCUGAUUACUCAACUCACUCCAAAACAAAACAAAAGAAAAACAAUCACAAUCAUGUCAUCAUCCCUAUUGCUCUCCUUUCUCAUCGCUCUCUUGUUGGCUGCAGCUGUCUGCACCCACGGACAAGUACUACCGCCACCGGUGACGGACACGGACGGAAACAUCGUUCGUGUCAAUGAACGAUACAUCAUCCAACCAGUCAAUACCGGGAUUAACGGAGGUGGUCUUAUCCCAGUUGCUGCUAUACUUCCCUCUUGUCCACUUGGCAUCACCGAAGCAUUUCCGGGGGAAUCGGGUGUGCUGGUUAGGAUCGCAUUUCCACCGUGGUUGAUCCCUCCCAUACUGCCACUCACCAUUGUCCGUACAAAUACCGACAUGACCAUCGAGUUCCAGUCCAACAUCUGCAAUCGCAUCUCCAAGUUCUGGGAAGUAGAUGAAUUCGCACAGAAUCCCAACCAGCCUGAGAUUCUCAUCGGUGGUAACCAAAGGAGACGAAAUAGCUGGUUUAGAAUAGAGAGAGCCGGAAAAGAAGCACAAACAAACAUUUACAAAUUUACCACUUCUGCCGGAACCGUUGGAACCAUCUCAGGGGCCUUGGACAGUCCACAACUAGUUCUCACCAAUGAUGUGGAUAAGACCAUAUUCGUCAAAUUCAUCAGAGAUGUUAGUACCGUUGUUACUUCUACUUCUCGUGUUGAAAAGUAAUGACUAAGGAUGGUCCCAUUUUGUUAAUCGUGAAACCUUGUAAUGUAAAAGCCAAAGACUCGGUCAAUGGCCAAAUAUAAGGGGUUGAGAUUAAUACCGCAAGUACGCUUGCUCCUAAACUUUUAUGUACUGUCAGAAUAAAUUAUGUUUUUCAAACAUGAAAUUUGAUAUUUAAUUAUAUA